AUGAAAGGUCGUAGAUCUAGACGCCAUCGACACCCUCCUGACCCGCCAAAUGACCGGCGGUUCCUUGACCUGGCGUGCAUUUCCGCAAUUCUAGAACCAGCCACCUCCACAGGACCCCCUCAAGAGAAUAUUGGAUGCUGCGAAGUCGUCGGUGGUCGGUCCUGCCCUUGCCACUUGCGAGAAGCACUUGCAGGCUUCGAUAUCUUAUCUCUCCUCACCGACCUUGCACGUCUCCUCCAGAAACAUGGACCUUAUGAGAAAAGUAAGCUGGGUUUCGAGGCAAUUAAUGUAUUCACCCAUCCAUUCUGUAUCCUCAUCAUUGACUCCCAUAGCCUCGAGGGUCUUCCAUUCGCGAACGAAUCGUUCGAUUUCGUACACAUCAAGCGUAUCGCUCGAGGCGUACCGGAAGACCAUGCGCAAACUUCAACUACCCCUCCAACGACCAGUACGACUCCAACAAUGACCUCCAUGACAUCUGUCGCAACUACAGUACCCAUCACCAUCAUGUUUGUCCCUUCCAAAAGCACCGUGCUUCUGCACUCUCCUUGGGAUCGCAUCCGCAUGCGUGUAGGACCUACUACUUCCCCUUGUCGCAGUCCUCCAGUCGUCGAGGUUCCUGCAUUAGAUGACAACAAGCCGAGUAUUGUUGCGAGCAUUCUGGAAAAUUUUGUCAUCCCACCCUUCCCCAUUGACUGGGAACUUAGCGCGCUAGGAGUCAUGACCGCGGUGGAUCUUACUGCUCACUUGGCAUGCGGCUCUUUUCAGAGGCGUGAAGCAGAUUCGUCUUACGCCCCAUCGGAAUCAGAGGAGGAUCAUAGCUCCGUGGCUAGGGUAGAUGACUCCAAUCCUCAACCUGCCAGUGCGAGCACCCUCAAAGAGUCCUCGCAUUCCCUCCCAUCACGUGUUCAGAACGAUUAUGGUGGGUUCCACCGUGACACCCGCGGCGAGUACCAGCAGCGCACCGUUGAAGACUGCCGCGGCCAGCAAGUCUAA